AUGUCAAGUCUGCAAAUCAGAGAGCAGCAGCUUCAGAAAUGGCACGGGGCAAAGCGAAUCACGACAAGGCCAAGAUCGAGAAGGAGCUGGAAGAAAAGACAAAAGCCCUUGAGAGAGCCCUACAAGCCAAUCCAAAUUCUUAAGGAACGAGACGAAAUCGAAGGACAACGUCAAAAGGGAACUUCGGAGCUGAAAAAGCUGCGCGAGAAGCACGAGGCUUUGGUGAAGAGACUCUGUGAGUCUGAGAAAAAGCUUAGCGCAACUGAGGAAGACUUGACAAAUGCCAAUGCUCGUAUAAACAUGAUUGCAAUCGAAAAAAGUGGUUUGGAUCUCGCGAUUGGGGCCCUCAAUCGAGCAGCUAGAAAUCACAACAGUACGAUACAGAGGGCAAAAGCCGAACUACGCCAAGAGCAAAAAAUUAGCGCUGCGCUGCAAGCAGAGAAUAGCGACCUGAGAGCUCAAUUGACAGUUUCCCAAGCAAUGUCGAACCUCUUUGCAGCAUCUACCAGGGCAUCCUCUGAGACUCAAACUGCAAUUGCUGAUCUAAGAAACCUCCAAAGAUCAAACGAUCGACUGAAUCGAGAUUACAGUCAACUCGUACGCGAUUAUGAUGAAGCUAAGAAGGCUAGAGACUUGAUGGAGACAGAAUACCGUGAUGUCUUGAGACGUCAGACGGCACUUGAAAAGAUUCUCGAUGCAUCGAAAGAGACUGUCAGACUAAAAGAUCAACUUAUUUCCCACUUGACGUCGGAAAAUUCAGACUUGAAGCAGAACAAAGAUCUGCUUGGCCCACUUGUCAAGAUCGGUGUCGAUAUCCGGCUUCGAAAUCUCGAAUUUGCACGGGAGACCACCCUUGACGUUCCGUCCAGCGAUCUUGACAGAGCAAUUAUUCUCAGUGGAAACGUAGCUGCUCAUCGUGCGAAUGGCGCCGUCGAUGCCGCUAUUUUUGAAGCUGGAUUAGUACCGGAUGGCUGCAUUGAGGAAGCUUCAAAGGUCUUCAUGAGCCUGUAUCUCUGCCAACCAUCACAGUAUCCUACUCAGUGGGGCUCUCAAAUAAAAAGAGUUCUAGACUGUCGAGCUACCAUCAAAACUGUCAAGGCUGUGGCUGGAUCUGCCGGCUGCUCGAACCUUGAGAAUGAGCAUUCAAGCCUGGACCUAGAGCUUUGCACACUACAUGACGACAUGUGGGUCAAGGAAGAUUUUCAAGCUGAUCCAAGUGUUGAAGAGCGACUGUUAGGACUGGAAGAGAUCACAGAAGAUAUUGUUGAUAUCAAGAGGAGCAAAGGUGGUCGUCGAAGAAGAGCUCGCUUUAGCGAUGUUGAUUACUACAGCUACGAUGAUGAUGAUGAUGAAUGA